AUGGAACUUCUGCAUAUCUCGGCAGAUAUGGAUUACAGCGAGACAUGUUCUUGGGGUGACGAACACCGAAGCAGAUUUUGCAUCGAGGAACUUCAACAACAGAACGGAAUGGACUCUGAACAAGAGAGUAUUCCAAAUGAUAACCAGGAGGUUCUACACGCCAGAGGUGGAUCUAUUUGCAUCUCGAAUCAACAACCAACUACCACGCUAUGUGGCAAGAUACCCAGACCCAGGGUCAGUAGCAACAGAUGCUUUUCUUUAGCACUGGGGACACUGGACGGUGUUCAUACACGCUCCAAUAGUGCUCUUGCCACGGAUUUUGCAGAAAUUACGACAGGACCAAACAACGGGACUGGUGAUAGCCCCAACCUGGCCAGGACAGCCAUGGUUCCCAGCCCUCCUGGAGCUACUAGUGUAUUUUCCAGCUAA